AUGCAAAUCAGUAGUCGACAAACAAUUUCAAGUGCCGAUCAGCUUCUAUUGUACUUUGAAAGUGAACAAAGAAAGCCUCUCACUUCAUUCGACAACGACGCACCACCGCCCGUCUAUCAAAAGGAAACUGUUCAGAAAAGGCAAAGAGGUAAACAAGAAGAGCCAUGGAAGAUCUCUGCCUUCAUGAUCAUCGGAUCUCUCCUCUUAAGUGUCACUUAUUUAAUGAAUUUGAUUGAUUGGCUAAGCCAAGCAGUGAGCUGCUAUGGAUCGAAUCUGUCAAUCAUUUUGACGAUGAUCGGCAUUUCUUUCGGUUUUCAUUUUGCUGAGGCUAUCGUUUUGAGUGUUUCCACCUUUUACACUCAUCGCAUCGCGAAUCAAUCAAAAAACAUCUUCAGCAAUAUCAUUUUGGUAAUCUCGACAAUCAGCUUCUUGUAUUCUCUAUUUUCAUCAAUAAUCCUUCUUCUUGUUAUGUAUUUGAUGAUGGAUGAAGCAUGUCUCUUCACUGGAAAAGAUGUGAGUCUU